AUGUCGGAGUUCUGGCUAAUUUCCGCCCCGGGAGAUAAAACAAAUCUGCAGGCAUGGGAGAGGAUGAACGCGGUGACAUCUAAAUCCAACCUGUCCAGCAACAGCAAAUUCCAUAUUCCAGACUUAAAGGUGGGGACACUGGAUGCUCUUGUUGGUCUGUCAGAUGACUUGGGAAAACUUGAUAGCUUUGCUGAAAGCAUAAUAAAGAAAAUAGCCCAGUACAUAGGAGAAGUUAUGGAGGACUCAAAAGAUAAAGUCCAGGAAAAUCUUCUGGCCAAUGGAGUUGACCUAAUUAGCUACCUGACACAGUUUGAGUGGGACAUGGCCAAAUAUCCCAUAAAGCAGCCGCUGAAGAAUAUAUCUGAAGCAUUAGCAAAGCAAGUGACUCAAAUAGAAACAGACCUAAAGACCCGAUCAGCUGCAUACAACAACAUUAAAGGAAAUUUGCAAAGCCUGGAGAAAAAAACUGUGGGAAAUCUGCUGACUCGGACCCUAGCAGACAUUGUGCAUAAAGAAGACUUUGUUCUGAAUUCCGAGUAUCUUAUCACGCUGCUCGUCGUGGUGCCAAAGUCAAGCUACGUACAGUGGCAGAAGACCUAUGAAUCCCUGUCCGAUAUGGUAGUGCCUCGCUCCACCAAAAUGAUUGCUGAGGAUGCAGAGGGAGGACUCUUCACCGUGACCCUAUUUAGAAAAGUGAUGGAUGACUUCAAGGUGAAAGCCAGGGAGAACAGGUUCAUGGUUCGAGAAUUUUAUUUUGAUGAGAAGGAACUGAAAUGUGAAAAGGAAGAACUGAUGAAAUUAGCUUCUGAUAAGAAACAACAAUAUGGCCCGUUACUGCGCUGGCUGAAAGUGAACUUCAGUGAAGCAUUUGUGGCUUGGAUUCAUGUGAAAGCCUUGAGAGUUUUCGUGGAAUCUGUCCUGAGGUAUGGCCUCCCAGUGAAUUUCCAAGCAAUGCUGCUGCAGCCAAAUAGGAAGUCUGUAAAACGCCUGAGGGACGUCCUAAAUGUGGUCUUCAAACACCUGGAUGAAGUUGCAGCAGCAAGUAUAAUGGAUCCUGGCAUGGACAUCCCUGGUUUGCAACUGAGUAAUCAAGAAUACUAUCCUUAUGUCUAUUUCAAGAUUGACCUCAGUCUUCUUGACUGCAGUUAA